AUUUGUCUAAAAAUGUGCAUUUUAAUUAAAAAGAAAAACAUUUUAUUGAAACUUUUCUCUCAUUUUAUUUCCCCUCCGGGUGGUGGUAUCCCAUAAUGCAUUGCGCUCUGGCUGGAUCAUGGACCAAGGCGAAAAUGAUCUUCCAGGAGGCGACGGCUCGGGGGGGCUGAGCGACCUGGACGUCCGCAGACAGAUUCCCAUUAAGCUGCUUUCAAAGCCGCCCUUAAGGAGCAAACCGCCGCCGCGCACGCAGAGACCCGGCGGCGGGCGUCCGUGUAAAGGCAACCCUGGAGAGGACGAUAAAUUUGGCUUCAAGCAGGAGGAGCGAUUUGACUGUGGAACCAAAGCUGGAGACGUCUUUGGGAGUCAGAGGAGGUUUCCUCAGCCUCUCUUCUGGGAUUACAAGUUAAAUUUGAUCGGUGAGAGGGACAAACUUCCCAUUCACUUCUGUGAUAAAUGUGGUCUCCCCGUUCAGCUCUACGGACGGAUGAUUCCCUGCAAACACGUCUUCUGCUACGACUGCGCUCUGCUGCAUGAGAAGAAAGGAGAGAAGAUGUGCCCAGGGAUGAACCUGUUUAAAUGCACGGAGCCGGUCCAGCGCAUCGAGCAGUGCCAGCGAGGCUACCUGUUCAUGUGCAGCGUGGUGCCGGGCUGUAAGCGCACCUACCUGUCUGGGCGGGACCUCCAGGCCCACGUCAACCACCGCCACCUGAGGACGCCUAAGACGGCGUCCCGCCAGGAGCCCGUUCAUCUGGCCCCAGCGCCCGAAGUGCCGGAAAGGUUCCGCGUCCCUCCGCCUCACAUACCCAAAAGCCACGUUCACCUCCCCGGGCCGCUCCAGCACGGCGGCCACGACCCGUACAGCCAGCCGCCGCCGCCCAACCCCCACGAAGGCCCGCCCCCUCCGUCGCCCAUGGGGCCUGAGACCUACCGCAUCUCCACGGUAACCACUCGUAAACACAGCAAUCUCAUCACCGUGCCGAUCCACGACGACUCCGCGUCUCGGGAGCCGCUGUCUGCGGGGCCCGGCCCCGGCCAGCCCCCCCACCACCACCCUGGGGACUACGCCGCCCAGCCCCCCGUGGUUUCUCACGCUCACCACAUGAUGGCGCCGCCGCAGCAUAACUUUGGACCUCCUCCUCCCCCCCCUCCCCCCAUCAGUCACCCCAUGCAGCACCCAGCCCAGGCCUCGGGGACCCCCCACAUGGUGUACAACCAGGCCCCUCCCCCACCUAUGUCUACAGCCCCCCCACCCAUCACCCCCCCACCAGGGCACAUCAUGGGUCAGCUGCCCCCCUACAUGAACCACCCGCCCCCAGGGCCCCCGCCGCAGCACAGCGGCCCUCCUGUCAACGCCCCCCCACCCCAUCACUAUAACCCCUCCUUCCCUGAGGACCAGGGCACCCUCAGCCCCCCCUUCAGCCAGCCGGGGGGGCUGAGCCCGGGCAUGUGGCCCGCCCCCAGAGGGCCGCCCCCCCCACGGAUGCAGGGUCCGCCCCCGCAGGGCCAGAUGCCGGGCCCCCACCAUCCAGACCAGGGCCGCUACAGGCCGUACUACCAGUAAGCUGGUUGCCUAGGUAACAGUCAUUUCCAGUGAUGUCAGCAAAGGAUGUAGGAGAGCUAGAUGCGCACGCAGUCCCAGCGUCUGCCGGAUGAAUAUCUACGUUCAUUAGUUUCACAAUAAACAUGUUUGUUUGAUUUUUGCCUCAA